AUGGUGUGUUUUUUGCGGGAGAUGCGGCACGAGAAUCUGAACCUGUAUCUUGGUCUGUUUCUGGACUCUGGGAUCUUUGCUGUGGUUGUGGAGCACCUCCUGCGUGGCAGCCUGGCUGACCUGCUGGCCGACUCCAACGUAAGACUCGACUGGAUGUUCAAGUCAUCUCUGCUGAUGGACCUCAUCAAGGGGAUGAAGUACCUCCACCUACGCGGUUUGUCUCACGGUCGCUUGAAAUCUACAAACUGUCUCGUCGAUGGUCGCUUUGUUCUGAAAAUUACAGACUAUGGUCUUCCCAUGAUUCUUCAUGCGCAGAACCUCAGCCUGCUCAAGGAACCACAAGACCUGCUGUGGACAGCUCCAGAACUCUUGAGGAACCCGGUCCAAGGAGGAACGUUUGCUGGAGACGUCUUCAGUUUCUCCAUCAUUGUGCAUGAAGUGAUCUCACGGUCGCUGCCCUAUGCCAUGAUGGACAUGCCUGCACAUGAAAUUGUGGAGCAUCUGAAGGAGCCUCCUCCACUCUGCAGACCCGUCGUGUCCGUCGAUGAAGCUCCUCCCGACUGUCUCAUCCUGAUGAACGAGUGCUGGAACGAGGAUCCAGAAAAGAGGCCGAGCUUUGAUGACAUUUUCAAGCAGUUUCGGGGAAUCAACAGAUGCAAACGGGCGAACAUCAUCGACUCCAUGCUGAGGAUGUUGGAGCAGUACAGCUCCAACCUGGAGGAUCUGAUCCGAGAACGAACGGACGAGCUGGAGAUCGAGAGAACCAAGACGGAGAGACUCAUCGGACAGCUUCUUCCAAAGUCUGUAGCACAGGCGCUGAAGAAGGGGAAGCCGGUCCAACCAGAGCACUACUCAGACGCCACCCUGUACUUCAGUGACAUUGUAGGAUUCACCACCAUCUCUGCACUCAGCGAACCAAUCGAGGUGGUUGACCUCCUGAAUGACCUCUACACCAUGUUUGAUGCCAUCAUCGCCACUCAUGAUGUUUAUAAGGUGGAGACUAUCGGUGAUGCCUAUAUGGUGGCGUCUGGCGUUCCGAAUCGAAACGGGAACCGACACGCGGCUGAGGUGUCCAACAUGUCCUUGGACAUUCUGCACUCCAUCGGAGAAUUUAAGAUCAAACACAUGCCUGAGAUGAAGGUGAAAAUCCGCAUCGGACUUCACUCAGGUCCGGUGGUGGCGGGCGUGGUGGGGCUCAUGAUGCCCCGGUACUGUCUGUUUGGAGACACGGUGACGACGGCGUCACUCAUGGAAUCCACAGGACUCCCCUACAGAAUCCACAUCAGUCUGAGUACAGUCAAAGUUCUGACCAGCCUCAAAGUGGGCUAUCACAUCAACACCAGGGAGGCUCAGGUGAAGGGUUCAGAGGACACAUACUGGCUGAUGGGCCGAGAUGGAUUCACCAAACCUCUGCCAGUUCCCCCCGACCUCAGUGGAGGCUCCAGAAACCACGGCAUCAGUCUGGAAGAGAUUCCAGUGGAGAGGAGACAGAAGUUCCUCGAAGACAAAAAAUGAUGAAGAAAUAGAAAAUGCCAACAGACACACAAAACAAACAAACACACACAAACAAAUAAACACAAACAAACACACAGAGACAGCAAACAUGCACACAGACACACAA